AUGCUGAUGAUAGCUCUGCUGGUGUUGUUGAGCCUGUGGGAUCCCGUUAGUCCUCGGCCCCGCUGCGCUUCGGGCAAGGCUUGCGACCCCCGGCAUCGGAGAGACGCCGGGGGACGCGGUGGAGUGUACGAACACCUCGGAGGAGCGCCGAGACGCAGGAAACUUUACUGCGCUACCAAAUAUCAUCUUCAAAUCCAUCCUAAUGGGAAAAUAGAUGGGUCACUGGAUGAAAACAACCCGUUCAGCAUCAUGGAAAUCACAGCAGUGGAUGUUGGUGUUGUGGCCAUAAAGGGGCUUUUCUCUGGGAGAUAUCUGGCCAUGAAUGAUAAAGGACGACUGUAUGCUUCGGAAGCGUUCAACAAAGAGUGUGAGUUUGUGGAGAGGAUCCAUGAGUUGGGGUACAACACUUACGCCUCCCGCCACCACUCUACAGAGCAGCCUGUAUCACCAGGAGGCGGCAGCAGCAGCAAGCGUCGAGCUAGCGCCAAGAGACAGUGGUACGUUUCCAUUAACGGCAAAGGGCGGCCGCGGCGAGGCUUUAAAACCCGAAGCACAGACAAAGCCUCGCUCUUUCUGCCUAGGGUGCUGGGUAACAAGGACCAUGAAAUGGUGAGGCGGCUAAGGGAGAGUCCGGGGUCACACCAUCAUGCACAUCAUCACAGCCGCCGUGGUGAACGCCGGAGACGCCGGCAUCGCGCUCGGAAAGGCCGGGGUUGACAGCCAGAUGACUCAAACAUUUGGAGGAGAGUUCUGCUCUCACCCUUCUGUGACUUGCCUAAAUCACCCAAAUACGGAGUUUGAUCCUGGCACAUGCUGUAGCUUGACAGCAGUGGAGGAUGCGUAUAAAUGAUUUGGAUUCUGCCUUUUGGAUUAGUGGAAGUUUUGUUGAUUCACAGGGGAAAAAAAGAGGAAAAAAAUAGAAGAAAAAAAAAAAGAAGACCACUUCAAGUGUUGGGGCAAAGACUAAAUCUUCCAGUUUGAGGAGACAUUCACUCACACACUCCACAGCUUUAUAAUUAGCUUUUUUACUGACACCACACUUUAAAAAUGCUCCUGCCUUGUAAACAAAGGUAUUCAUGUUCAUUCAGCAUUUCUUCCUUUAAUGAGAACUCAUUUUACCGCCAACUCCACAGAGAAGAAAAGCCUUUUAAAAGUGAUUCUGUUUAUGUAUAUACCUUUGGCAUGUACAGCAACUUUAUAGCUUUUCAUUUAUCAAAAGCUGAGAUAACAAAGAAUAUAAUAUUUUGCUAUUUUUAAGUGCUAACAAACACAAUGGCCACUGAAGAGGGGACAUCACACAGCAAAGCACUUUUUUCAGAAGCGAAGGAGAAAUCCGUGUAAGAUUUCACUAAUUUCACUCAGUAAUUUUGUGGCAUUCUUACAAUGUGAUAGUCUACUGUCUGUAAACUGAAAUAUUUUACUAAUGAUAUGGAUAUUUAUUUGGUUCCUGUGUUGUAAGUUAUUGAUAUAACUAUUUCUGCAUUAUAGCCAUUUUGCUGUUGUUUCCUACUGUCCACUCAUCGCCUUGUUCCAGCGUAGAACACAGUGGUACUGACCCAAGGUGAAAAGAAUGACAGGCUUGUUUCACUAGUUCUGUGAUUUGUUCACUGGAAAUAUCACCGAUAAAUUUGUCUUCACACACCUGAAUCUGAUUCUUCUGAGGUAAUAGAAGAAGUAGAGAUAAUGCAGCUGUGGACACCAUGCAAAUGUUUUUUGCUUUUGUUUUUUUAAGUUAUUUAUCAAUUUUUUAAUUUUUAUUUAUGCAAGACAUCUUAUUUUUAUAUGCGGAAAAGAUAAAAAUCAAAUGUUCUGUUUUAUUGGCCACACAUCUUUGAAGGCAGGAAUGUCUGAAAUGCACAAUCAGAACUUCAGUUUCUGAAAAGUGGUGUAAAAUAACUGGAUAUUAGGCAGGAAUCAAAGU